GAUAUGACGUGGGGGCCAAGGCGCGCCGGAGGCCACGGAGAAAGCGCCGAGAAGGCGGGCCCCGCCUGAGGUCUGGCAGUCAGUGACAGAGUCGGGUGCCCACUGCCCAGGCGUCACCAACAGCAUCAUGCCCGCACUCCUGGAGCGCCCCAAGCUUUCCAACGCCAUGGCCAGGGCUCUGCACCGGCACAUCAUGAUGGAGCGGGAACGCAAACGGCAGGAGGAGGAAGAGGUGGACAAGAUGAUGGAACAGAAGAUGAAAGAAGAGCAGGAGAGAAGAAAGAAGAAGGAAAUGGAAGAGAGAAUGUCACUAGAAGAGACCAAGGAACAAAUUCUGAAGCUGCAGGAGAAGCUUUCAGCGCUACAGGAGGAGAAGCACCAGCUUUUCUUGCAGCUCAAAAAAGUUUUGCAUGAGGAAGAAAAACGGAGGCGAAAGGAACAGAGUGACUUAACCACCCUGACAUCAGCUGCAUACCAGCAGAGCCUGACGGUCCAUACAGGAACUCACCUCCUCAGCAUGCAGGGAAGUCCUGGAGGACACAACCGCCCAGGUACUCUCAUGGCAGCUGACAGAGCCAAGCAGAUGUUUGGACCACAAGUGCUUACGACCCGGCACUACGUGGGAUCAGCAGCUGCUUUUCCAGGAACCCCAGAACAUGGACAAUUCCAAGGCAGUCCAGGGGGUGCUUAUGGGACUGCUCAGCCCCCACCUCAUUAUGGGCCAACACAACCUGCCUAUAGUCCUAGCCAGCAGCUCAGAGCUCCGUCAGCAUUUCCUGCGGUGCAGUACCUAUCUCAGCCACAGCCACAACCCUAUGCAGUGCAUGGCCACUUUCAGCCCACUCAGACAGGGUUCCUCCAGCCCGGUAGUGCCCUCUCUUUGCAAAAACAGAUGGAACAUGCCAACCAGCAGACUAGCUUCUCUGACUCAUCUUCUUUGCGGCCCAUGCACCCUCAAGCUCUUCAUCCAGCCCCUGGACUCUUGGCUUCCCCCCAGCUCCCCGUACAGAUACAAGCAGCAGGAAAGUCAGGCUUUGCCACCACCAGCCAACCCGGUCCUCGACUCCCUUUCAUCCAACACAGCCAGAACCCACGAUUCUAUCACAAGUAACCGCCAGCCCACCCUCCAUCCCUCAGGGUGGGGUCUUAUGUGCCCCAAGCCAAUAAAAUGUACAAAAUGUACCCAUCA